AUGGCCAUAAAAAGAUUUCAUAUGGCAAACAAUGUUGAUUUUAAAGUUGAUCGCGCCAACGUUGAGAGGUACAAAAUUAAGUGUAGAAACACUGAUUGUGGAUUCAGGUUGCAUGCAUCAUACAGGAAGAGAAGUGAUUCAUGGGUGAUAGGAUAUAUUUCCCAAGAUCACACGUGUGUUAACACAAAUGUUUCACAAGACCACCGUAAGCUAAGUUAUGACAUUAUAUGUCAAGAAAUCUUGCCCCUAGUUGACAAAGAUCCAUCGUUAAAGGUGAAAACGAUAAUCUCUCAUAUCGUUGCAACUUACAAUUACACUCCGUCUUAUAGAAAGGCGUGGCUGGCGAAGACCAAAGCGAUCGAAAUUGUGUAUGGAAAUUGGGAGGAUUCGUACAAACGACUUCCACGUAUCUUAUAUGCGCUUCAAAUUUAUGCUCCUGGAACCGUUACUAUUUUAGAGACCCUUCCGGCACAAUCUCCAGACGGAACGUGCCUUCUAGGAAAUGUGAUAUUCCACAGGCUUUUCUGGGCUUUCCGCCCAUGUGUUCAAGGAUUUGCAUAUUGCAAACCAAUUCUUCAAAUAAAUGGAACUUGGUUGUACGGAAAAUAUAAAGGCACCUUGUUGAUGGCUGUGGCACAAGACGGAAGGAGAAACAUUUUUCCUGUUGCGUUCGCUCUUGUGGAAGGAGAAACUGCUGGAGAGAUAAAGGACAGGGCUCUUCGGAAGACUCUUGUCAAUGCCGGAUAUGCAUUGACUCAACCGACGUCCCAAUAUUAUCGACAUGAAAUUGUAGCAGCAAAUCCAGAUGCAGGCAGAUGGGUAGACAAUCUUGCUAGAGAGAAAUGGACCAGAUCAUACAACAACGGCAAGCGAUGGGGGCACAUGACAACGAAUCUUGUGGAGUCUAUGAACGGAGUGUUUAAGGGCAUCAGACACCUUCCGAUUACUGCCUUGGUGGAAGCAACAUACUAUAGGAUGGCUUCUCUUUUCGCAAGAAGAGGUGAGCGUUGGAGUGCAGUUCUAGAAUCUGGACAAGUAUUCAGCGAAACAUGCGUCAAAUUCAUGAAAGAGCAAUCUGCCAAAGCCAACAGCCACAUUGUGACAUCUUUCAAUCGAUUCAACAGGACCUUCAGUGUUAAAGAAACGAUUGACCAUAACGAGGGCCUUCCGAGACAACAAUACAGGGUUCUUACAGACGAAGGGUGGUGCGAUUGCGGAAAAUUUCAAGCCUUUCGCAUGCCAUGCUCUCAUGUAAUUGCAGCAUCCAUUGUUCAAGAUGGUUAUGAAUCACCUGAUGUUUUGGUGGUUUCUAGUGGAGAUUCGAGCAAAGAAUGGAUUAUGGAUUCAGGUAUGUAA